AAAAAAUUAAAGAGAAAAAAUUCUGACUUUGGAAUUAUCCAACAAAAUUUCUUCUACGAUCUGCUGCUCUGCGCUUCAUCUUCUUCAAUUUUCCGUUUUUAAUUCCAUUGUUUCAGCUCAGCUGCUCAUAUCGUUUCCGAAUGUCAAAUCCAUUAGAGAGAUACCACAAGCUUUCCCUAAUAGACUCUCUGGCGAAGAGUUACAGCUACCCAUUAGCUUGUAAGGAGCUAAGCUUCUUAAUCAGAGGCGCUUUCAUUAAACUUCCCAAGAAUCUCCAAUCUCUCAUUUACCAACAUAUUAUCACCGCCUUUCAUCUCCUUCCAGAAAUGCAGACGAGCUCUGCUGCUUCCGCUGCACGUCUCCUUGCCCAGGCUGUUGAAGCUGCUUUGCCUAAGCAAAAGAGAAAUUCAGUGAUUGUAGAAUAUAAGAAAGCAAUGGUUGUUCAUAAGAGGCGUAGUAAAGCACAUCAGGAAGAAAAAGGUUCUUGUCAACUCCCUCAAGAUGUUCUCCUCCACAUCUUCCGCUUUCUAGAUGUUCAAUCUUUAGGUUCAGCUGGGCUAGUAUGCCGGUCGUGGAAUGUUGCAGCAGAUGAUGAAUAUCUGUGGCAGUUGCAGUAUACAACAUUUUUUGGUUGUCCUGACAACAACAGUAAACCCAUUAAUGAUAAAGACAGUGAGGAUGACUUUGCUAGCAGUAGCACACCCCAUGUUGAUUGGAAAGAGGAAUUCAAGAAAGCAUAUGUAGGUAAUUCUUUGGGGAGAAACACAUGUGGAAGGGGAUACUGCAAACACUGUGACACAAUAGUUUCCUUUAGUACCUUGAGAUGUACCAAUGAUCAUGGUAGAAAUAAAAACAAACAAAUCAAGCCUCUGUCAAUCAACCAGGUUGUUGAAUAUGUGUUAAAUGGAUCGUCUGAGUUGAUUUAUUCUUCAGAUAGUGAAACUGAUUCAGAUGAAGACGUGAUUUCUGAGUUUUGGGCUCUUCCAAAGUACUUAGGGAGUAGGGGAAUGAGCUGAUCCUAAGGCGUGGAUUUGAAUCUUUAACCUUUUCAUUUCGUUUUUUUGUCGAGAAUGUAAUAUUUUAACAACCGUAAAGAAGUUGCUUCAUCUAUCUUGGCAGCUUAGAUCGUAAAUAUUAUACCAAUAUCGUUGAGAAUGAAUGAAUGAGAGAGCGUACAAAAAUUCUACUAAAGAAA